UCGGGCGAAAACAUUUUUGACAGAGUCGCGAUGGAAAACUUUUCAAUAAAAAUUGAUGAAAAUGUCCGGCUCAGAUUAUAUAAAAUCUGUCGUUUGUGCGGCGAUGAUAACCCGAAUAAUACAGACAUCCUUGCUAAUAGCAAGAAAAGCACAAAUGUUGACCCUGACUUUCAUAAAAAGAUCUUUGACUGUGUCGGAAUUCAGGUCACAAAGGGCGACAAAAUGCCGCAAACGGCCUGCAAUGCCUGUCGCGAGAAAAUCAAUGACUUCUUCGAGUUUCGCGAGAUGUGCCUGGCCACCGAUAUACAAACUAGACGCCUCCUCGGAUUGACAGAAACCAUCGUUCCAAAGCUCGAUCCUGUACCAGACGCUCUCGAAGAUGACAAAACAGAAGUUGAAAAGACUAUCAAAAAGAAAACUCCAACUGCCACAAAAGCCGUUAACUCUGCAAAAACUCUAAAUUCGACAAAAUCUGUAAAAUCGUCCAAAGUAGUUAAGGUUGAAAAGAAAGCGCCGCCCGACAUAAAAAAGCCCGUGAAGGUAGAACGCGAAAAACCAAUGUCUAAAGUUAAGAAAAAAGUACAAAUCGUUCCGGAACCGCCAGUAGAAGUUAAGAAGAAAUUAAAAGUCGAACCUGAAAAAAAUUUGAAAUCUAAGAAAAGAAAGGCAUCCGGGGAUCUUCUCACGGAAAAGACACCUAAUAAGCGAGAACGGCUAAGAGAAACUAUAAUUCGGAAGUUCAAAAACCCAAAUAUUGCCUUGGAUGAGGCCGCCACAAAUGUAACUUGCACGAUCUGUAAUAAACCUUAUCUCAAUGCUGGGGAGCUUCACCGACAUUUAGACACUGAUCACUUGCCGAGAGUAGUGUCUUAUCAUUGUGUUCGAUGUAAUGAAAGUAUUGAAAAGAAGCAGGACGUGAAGGACCACAACUUGUGGCAUAAACUGUCGAAGACACCGUUCGAAUGCGGACGGUGUGGAAAGGCAAUUAUGAGCCUUUCUGUUUACACAAAACAUAUUCUCAACUGUUCAGUAUUUGUGCAAGAUUUUGAAUAUAAAACGAAGAAGUGUGCUACGUGUAAUGAGGAGUUCGAAACACAAAAUCUGUACAAUUGGCACAAGUGUGUAAUUAGUCAAUUAAAAUGUGAAGUUUGUCAAAUGAAGUUUACAAAGAGAGCUACCAUGCUGAGGCAUGUGGUUCGCUGUUCAGCAAUCGGUUUGAGCACUUCUUUGCCUGUGGUCGAUUCGGCGCUAGAGCCUGAACCAGACCCCUUACCCGAGCCGGAGCCCGAGCAAGGAGUGGAAGAUCAUUUUGCGGACGCUGCGUCAAACGAUGAAGACGGAAGCGAUACGGAAAUGAAUCUCAAGCCGAAUUUGGAAAUCGACAUUGAAGUUCCAGCUAAAGAACGAAGUGUUGGAGCCAAGCGUCCAACUCCGUUUGUGGUUAUUCCACACGGCGUGACAAACACUGAAAAUUCAAGGCAAGAUUUGAAUAGCGGUAGUAACAGCUCAGCCAGUACACCCGUAAGUUCUAAUUCGGCUUCAUCACAAGGCGGUGAUGACGAUUCUAUAAGUGUAUCAAGCUCAGUUGCAUCUAGCACACCAACGCCUAUGGUCCGCAUUAAACUAGAACCUAGAGUUAAUCGAUCCGAAUCCUCAAAAGACUCUAAUGGCAAUACAACAAACUCCGAAGUUUUACCACGCCCCGGAAGUAUUCCGUCAAAUAUUUCAGUUCGAAUCAAGGCCGAGAUAAUUGAUUCAGAGUAUAGAGGUCUAUUUAAUCCAGAAAUAAGCAGCAAUAUUAAAAAAGAACGUGAACCUGAAGCAGUAGAGCAGUCAAGUCAACCAGAGGCCUCAGAACCUGCUGAAGUUAUGUCAGAUCCUCUGGGAGUUCCUGAUACAGAGGAAGUGUCUUCUCCAAAACCGGCAUCAAAACCAGCUGCGAAGCCAGCUCUGAAACUCGUAAUAAAAAAGCAACAUGGAACUUUGAAUUCUUCAUUCGUAGACGGAACGGAUAUAUCACGUGACGUAGGAGAACCAGAGGCAAAGAAGAGAAAGAAGAAGAAAUCCAAGAUUUUCAAAAUACCUAAAGCAUUGGCUUUGCGAAUAAAACAAGAAAGAUGUAACGAGGCGAGUGAGUCGAAUGACGCAGAGAAAGAUGCAACUGCGGUAGUCGAAACAACGGAUUCGUUGCCAGUUAUAAGCGAAGUUUGCUCGAAGUCUCCUGAAACCAAGAAGCGAAAGAAUGAGAAAGUUAAUAUUAAUUCUUUGGGACCCGCGAUUUCCAUCAAGCAAGAAAGAUUAGAUAGCGAUGACGAAUCAAUGAGCGCAAGUGCAGUGCCUGCCGUGAACGAAGUGGUUCAUAAGCCUGGUGAUGUCAAUACGGUGAAUAUAAAUCACGUUAACAUAAUAAAACAAGAGCGAAUGGAUGAUGAAGAGUACGGAUUAAAUUGUCCAACCAAAAACUCACGACAAGUGGAUGAGUCCAGAAAAUCUAGUUCGAAAGUUGCCACCCCAAUUGGCUCUAAUCCUCGUAAAGCAAACAAUCGGAAAGGUAAAGUUCGGCGUGUGAAUCCUUUGAAUUCUUCAAUCUUAAUCAAGCAAGAGAGGAUAGAAAAUUAUGAAUGCGAAUCGGACAUGAGCAGGACAUCGGAAGACCCAUUGCUAUUAACCAAUGAAGCCGAUCAGCUACACUCAAAAUCUCAGCAUGUAGACGUCUCCUCAGAAAUGCGCGGCAAAGUCGCACAAGUGAAUACUUUGAACUCAACGAUUACAAUUAAACAGGAAAGGCUAGAUCCUGGCGAAUGCGAUUCAAAUGUAGAAAUAUCUAGUACGAUAACUGAGUCGCCAGGAGUUGGAAAUCUUCCAGUUAUAAGUGAAGUUUGCUCGAAAUCUGCAGAGUCGGCCGGCCCGAGUAAUGUGAAUGAGAUUCCUCCGAAUCCAAUAAUUUCUAUAAAAGUAGAACGUGAGAUUAGCCAAGAAGCAGCCCCAAGUGCAAUGUUUCCAAUAAUAAGUAGUGUCUGCUCAAAUUCUAACAUAGAAAUGAGAGCGGAUGGAAAUAGGACCGAUGUUAACCCACUAAAUCCAACUAUCUUCAUCAAACAAGAGCCGUUGGAAAAUAAUGAAUGUGAAACGGAGGAAGCAACACUUAGCAUAGAACCUGAAACGACGAGUAAUGUGACACUUCCAGUUAUAAGUCAAGUGUGUUCAAAAUCUUCGGAAUCAAGUGUACAAAGUAUGAAUCGUGACAUGGAGCAUGCAAACUCUUUAGAUCCGGCAAUUACAAUUAAACAAGAACGGGUCGAUGUUAAUGAACAAGAUGACGUAACGAGUGAGGAAUUAGCGUCAGGAUCGAACACCCCGCUUCCCGUCAUAAGUCAAGUGUGCUCACAGUCCACGUAUACAAACGAGGAAAGGAAUGCAGAUGUCAACGAAAUGGACGUAAACCGUACAGUUUCUAUCAAACAAGAAUGUUUCGACAAUGAUGAAUACGAACUGGAGGCCAAUCCAAGUGAAGUGAACAUAAGGUCAGAAGCGUGUGAAGUUGUUCCAGUCAUAAGUGAAGUUUUCUCUAGAGAAGUAAAUAAACCCACAACUUCACCUAUUUUAUCUGUAAGAGUCAAAACAGAAAGGCUUUAUGAGGAUGAAGAGAAGGAAGAUAGCAAUGGAGAAGUUCAAGAGGCAAAUAUGGAAAGUAGUAUUCGCAUCAAAGAAGAACCUGAUUGCAAUGCACGUGUUCUAGAACAAAAUGCUAUCUUACCUGAAGUAGGUUGUGAUACACCUAAUACUGAAGGUCACAGUAUCGAUAGAUCCAGAAAUGAGAACUUGGCGACAUCCACUGAUACGGUGAAUAAUGUAUUUGCGCUAAAGAUAUCUUUGGUUUCAAGUGGAAAAGACGCUCUGGCAGAAAUAAAUUGCGGCGAAAGAACUACAACCAAGAAAGACAUUCCACCUGUCGGCAAGGGCGAACCAAGAAAAUUCCCUAUACUUCGUAUUAGAUCAGAAUUCAACGCAUUCAACUUCAGUGAUGAUAACAACAAGGAUCCCCCAGCUGCACCUUGUUCUGGAAUCGCUAAUGAAAUUCCACCACUCAGUGUUCAAAUCAAAAGAGAACCGGACAUGGAAGUGUCCACUGGAGUAGGAGCAGAUAGUGAUAUUCCUAUAAAAGAAGAACCUCUAGACUAUGACUUCUCAAUUAAAAGUGAACCGUAUUUUGAAGGAGAAGAGUUCGGAGGUGGCACUUCGGAUGCUGAUAUAUUAUUUCAUAACAGUUUGGGUGAUAUGCAAAGUGAACCUGUCAACAAUUUCGUUAUCAGUAAUGUUGAGUCUAUAACGAGAGUAGGAAACCCAGCAAAUGAUUUGAAUUCGAAAGAGGAUGAGACGGAAAACCUAGCAAAUGAUUCGAAUCCGAAAGAGGAUGAGACAGAAUUGUUGGUUCCAAUGGAACAGAGAAAUUUCGAUGAUCGAGAUUCACCACCUUGCCAGGAGCUUGACGAAGAGCAAAGCCCGGACCCCAAUGAUGACGAACAAAAUAAUAGUGCGGAGGACGAAGCACAACAAUACGUUGUAUGUAAAGAAGAACCACGGUAUGAAUCAGAAAAUGAAGCAGAUUAUAUAUCGGACUCACAAUCUGUUGCAAAUGAAGAUGAUCUAAUGAAUGAGAGCAUUGAAGAAAAUUUAGAUGAAAUUGCCUCUCGUGGUGAUGCAUUAAGAGAAAGUACUUGUGAAAUGGCAAGUUCUACGAAAAAUAUAGCCGGAUUUUGUGAAAAUGUUGGAGGAAUCGAUCUACGAUCUGGUGUUGAAUGCACCACAAUCUCGUUGGACCGUACUCAUCUUGAAAGUGAAUGUGUGGACAAAACUUUUUCUUUAGGUUGUGAACAGGAGACGAUUGCCACUGUACGCACGCAGGUGGAUAGUUUGACUGAUGAACAAGUGGAAAACAGUGAACAAGAAGGAUCUCACACGGUCUCCCCGAUUAAUUCACUCUGCAUCAAGGCAGUUUUCAAUGAAAUUAAAUCGAAAUCAGAUGACGAACUGCAAAAAUCUAACGAUGCGAAAAACGCCAGCUUGUCUCUAGAGAUGAAUCCUUCAUCGAACGAGGAAUAUCCUGUCGAAAACGUAAUUACCGAGAAGAAAGUCGGGAUUGAUGAAACAAAUGCAAGAAAAUCCGGUGAAAUGGAACUGGAACAGCGAAAUGCAACUUUAGAUAAAAUCGAACCUGCACCAACUCCCUCUAAAGAUGAAUAUAGCUUCUGCACUGCAGCCGAAACAACUGUGUCUCUUCGCCUUCAAGAUACCAAUGACUGCCAAAGCGGUUCAUGUAACCCUCCAACAAAUUUAGCAUCCGACGAAGCAAUAGACCUGACUUUAGCUAAUAUUGAAGCCAGGCAAAAUCAAAUCACAUCGAGAUCUACUGAAAAUAUGUCCGGAGAUGAUAUUGACGCCAGACGAAAUCAAGUCACAUCGGGGUCAACUGAAAAUAUGUCCGCAGAUGAUAUUGAAGCCAGACAAAAUCAAAUCACUUCAAGAUCAACUGAAAAUAUGGAUCAUGAUCGUUUGAACGAUUUCCAUGAUCAAGCCAACUUUGAUGAAAACAUUGAGGAGGGUAACAGUAACUGCAAUCAAAAGCUAAAAGAUCUCAUUAAGGAUAAUGAUAAUUUGUUGGGCUUCUUCGAAAAUGAGUUGUCAAGAAACUGUGAUUUCCCAACGGAAGAGGCUUCGCCGAUGAAAAGCAGCGAAAUAGGGAAGACAACGGAUUCAACUAGCUCUAGGACAGACUCGUCUUGUAAGAAGCCUAUGCCAUCUGAAUCUGAGGACGCAAAAAUCCAAAAUGAAAGUACGCAUGAGACUGAUGCACUGCCAUUAGAAAAUUAUUGUACAUCAGAUGUACACAAUGUUUCAAAUGAAAUCGCAGUUGUUAACGAUAUGAAACAACAACCGCACUACCAAAAUUAUGUUUCUGAAGCAAUUGGUAAAUUUGAAGAUACGAAAGCACCUACCACAGAUAAUAGUACUGGUUCUGAUUGUACGUCUGGUCCUGAUUGCACGCCUCAACAGUCCACCGCAUCUUCUAACAUGUAUGAGACUGCAAAUCUUUCGAUGGUUCCCCCUUGCCUGCAAACUGCAUCACCUGGCAAUUUAACUACCAACGAUACCGCAAAUAAUGUUAUUGGUUCUGCUGUGCCACUUAGCGCUGCUCCGGCGAUAAUAUCUUUACCUAAAGCUAUUGUUAGUCCGACUGUAAGUUGCUCAGCACAUUCUUACACCGCAUCACUGAGCAAUCUUCCCAACAGUCCUUUCUUUGAUCCCUCAACCUCGACUAUGCCAGCAUUUAAACUGUAUAAUAUAAAACCUUCAAUGGCCCCCAUUGUUGGAUGUUCUGCUGAUCCGAGUGUAAUGCCCUCUAUUAGCUCCCUAAAUUCAAACAAUGUCACUCCGCCAAACUAUUCGAAUGUGAUAGCCUCUGUUAGUUCCCCGAAUCCAAACGUUGCUAUGCCAAUCGAGCCACUAGCAUCUGUACCAUCGAAUGAACGACCUGGUGUGAGCUUGAGUAAUCCACCAGGGACCCACUUGAGUAUGCUGCACAUCAAUGAAAUCGCAGAAAAUAACAACAACGCUAACAUCGAGCGUGAACUACAAAACGACUUGGACAGUAUAUCGUCGAAUUCGAAUUUAGAAGUCGAUGAUGGGACCGUUGCUAGCUUAAGUGAAAUGUCUGAGAGUGGUGCCUCAACAAGCGUUAAUGAUAAAAAUAACACAGCUCCCGAUCAUUGAAUUGAGACUGAAAAUGUGGAACGUUUAAUGCAGCUUAGAGCAGUUAAUAAACCGAGAUAAGUGAAGACAGAAUUUCAGUUACACAACUGGAUGUGUAUUUCAUUUGAUGUUUUUUCGUCUGUAUUUUUUGGCAAUACGAUCGCAUGCGAUUUGAACGUUUAAGCCAUGAAAUUUUCAUUUUUCACGUAUUCAGAACUCAGCUUGAAAGAUUCCGUUUUAGGAAUUUGCAAGGAAUCUGUCGCCUAAGUGAAAUGUGGUCAAGAUUUAGGUUAAUUAAACUCUCAGCAUUUGUAUUCAUAAAAUUUUAUUAUUUUCCAAAACAAUCAAAGUGUAAACUAGUUUUAGAGGCUUUCGGAAAAGACUCUGAACCGAAAUACAAAUGAAAUGAGAGAGGGUUGAGCCCAUAUACUUUUAGUAAAAGGUGUCUAAUCUUUUUAGAACUGAUUUUAUUUUAAGUUAUUUUUUUUACUAAUUUUAUUUAGUUUUAAAGAGUUUAAUCUUGAGGAUUCCUGCGAGGAGUCCUAGUACAUGCAAUGGAAAUUAGCUUUUAUUUGGAAAAAUAUUUACAUGUUUUAUACAAACGAACACAUACAUAACGUAAGAUCUUUCUUCAAUAGAAUAAUAUCAAGUUAAGGCAUCAAAAGUAUAUAGCGUUAUUCAAGCAUGUCUUUAAUUUAAGCUAAAGUAAGAGAACUAACGUAUGAAGCAGAAGAUGAAUCUUUGUAGAGUUAACAGAAGCACUUAACAGUAUAUCGUACGUGUAGGUCAUUGAUUUCAUAGAUUGUCACAUGCAUAUAUGUAAAUACGAUGAUGAAUAUGUGUCUGUCUAAGGAAUUUGUUAAUGUGAUUGUGACACUUAAAAGAAAAAGAAAACUUAUUUGUAAACAAUACAUAAAAAUAAAAUAAGAAAUAAUUCAAUAUAAGAUUUGUUUCUAAAUUUUCUUUGUCGCAAUUUGUGAUCAAACAAAUGCAUUUUUGGCGCAUGCUCGAGUCGAUUUGAGAUUGGAGCAUGUUUUCAUUGAAUCAUUUUUGUUCAUCACAUAAUAAGUUCAUGGUAUUUUUAAAUGUCCUAGACGAGAACUAAAUAAUUCGUUGUGGAUUUUUAUAAUAGAUAUUUUUACUUUAAUAAAAAACAAGCUUUUGAAA